AUGUUCCCUGUGCGGGUAGCGGUGGAAACCGUGCGACCCGAGCACUGUAUUUCUUGCGCACACGAGGGACACCGAUUAUUGGAUACAUAUGCUGUUGUUUCAGGCUCCACCAAUCUCUCGCAAUUGGUCGAAACGGUUCUGUCGGCCCUUGGCCAUCCUCAACUCGCUAUGAAUUCGAGAGGAUUGGUUCAAAUCAACAAUUGGAAAGCCUUGCCUUUUGAAGCGAUUACUGAUAAUCCAGAAGAAAGCGUUGAAUCACUCUUCAAAGAUAUCGCUGGGCAUAUAACGUUGAGGAUAUUAGCAAAACAUACUGGUCCCGAUCACACGCAAUGCAUCACUGAGGUGAAGAAUCGAUUGCUGAAAAUGGCAUACAAUCGGCAGCCGACUCUUCUCUCAACUGUUGACAAUCAACAAAUCAAAGAUUUGAUCUCACAAUUGAUAACGGGUGACGAUUCGUCGACACUUCUCGAUCAUGAACAAAUUGGAGCAAUCAGUGAAUGGUUGGAUCAAAUGGAUGCACAAGAGGAUCGAAAGAGUCCUCUUUCCUCUACUCCGGAGAAAUUCUCAUCGCUCUUCGAGGUCCCGAAACUUGAGAAAUGGUUCAAGAAUGAUCCAAAUCCAUCUCGACAAAAAUUGCUGAACUAUGUGAAUAUUCUGAAUGGAUUCCCGUACAGGAGAAGCAAUGGAAAGAUCAACUAUUCGCAGAUUUGUACUUGGUUUGCGAGUGAACGAACAAAAGUCAAGCCAUCGGCAAGGGAUACAUUGAACAGCAUAUUGUCAAGUGGCUCAGUACCGCUCAGUCUUCUGCCCGAUUUUCGAGGGAAAUUCGAUUUGCCGACACCGACUUGCGAGAAAGAUGAGAUUCGAGUCGAUUCGGAGUCACCUGGACCAACCGAUGAUCACUCGGCGCACAGCAGUGAUAACGGAAACGUUGACGAGUAUGGGUUGAAGCAGGAAUCGACAGCCUCAUCCCCGGAUCUUUCCAUGGGAAUGCCACUCUCCGUUGCUUCAUCAUCUCCAAAACACCCGGGAUUGCUGGGAAUUCCUUCGGAUCUCUCAUCGUUGUCAGCUUUGGGUGGAUUGGGAAAUCUUGGAGGCCUUUCAUCGGUCCUCGCAGCACAGGCGGCCAUUCAACAGCACCAUCAACAGCAGCAAUUGUUGGCUGCCCAACAAAGCCAGCACAGUCUCUCGAAUUUGCCGAGCUCCGGUUGUAAUACACCAGCGCCACAGCAUCAAGUUGCCCGUUCGAGACUGAUGUUCGAUCCAUUGACAGAGUUGCCGGUGUUAGAGAAAUGGUUUGAGGAGAAUCCCCAUCCAACUUGGAUGCAAAUCGAUCAAUAUACGCAGACACUCAAUAGUUGUCCAUACAGAGAAAACUACCCGCCCAUCUCUCAACACAACGUGAAGAUUUGGUUUAAAAAUCGACGAGCGAAAUGUAAACGAAUGCAAACGGGAAUCUCAGAUCAGAAAUCGCUCGUCGAGAAGCUUUUCGCUCAAGUACAA